CACGUGACCAAAAGCUGACGUGUGCAGAAGUCCUGCUUGUCCUGGUCGUUGUUUCCAUCUGAGUACCAGCUCCCCAUUGCCCGGAGGGCGGGUGGGCUUGUGGUCGAGCGAAGAAGGAGGGGAAGGAAAUUGUCCCGGAUCCCCGCAGUCUUUCUGUAGGUUGCAGCACAACGCCAGGCAAGAGAAGAGGAAGGAAAUUAACCCCUAUCGGUGAAGGUUGAUUUGAGGGUCUGCUGUAGCAGGUGGCACUGCUUGAAGGGAGGGAGGAAGUUUCCCAGGAUCUUUGGAGAUUGGAAAAAUUGUUGGGCGUGGCACACUUCCAGGGAAGGGAAGAGAGGCAAAGUACCUGUCUCAAGGAGGUCCACCUCCAGAACCAGCUAUCGUGGCCAGGAAGCGCCUGAAGAUCAACUUCUAUAGUCCUGUCCCCAGGCCAACAGCCCUCUUUCCCCACCCUGAGUGAUUACUCUAUUCCUUUGUCCCUGCUCUUGUCAGGGACGAUUGCAUGGGCUACGCCAGGAAAGUAGGCUGGGUGACUGCAGGCCUAGUGAUUGGGGCUAGUGCCUGCUAUUGCAUUUAUAGAUUGACCCGAGGAAGAAAAUAUAACAAGGAGAAAAUGGCUGAGGGUGGAUCUGGGGAUGUGGAUGAUGCUGGGGACUGUUCUGGGGCCAGGUAUAAUGACUGGUCUGAUGACGACGAUGAUGGUAAUGAUAGCAAGAGCAUAGUAUGGUACCCACCUUGGGCUCGGAUUGGAACUGAGGCAGGAACCAGAGCUAGAGCCAGGGCAAGGGCCAGGGCUACCAGGGCGCGUCGGGCUGUCCAGAAAAGGGCUUCCCCUAAUUCAGAUGAUACUAUUUUGUCCCCUCAAGAACUACAAAAAGUUCUUUGUUUGGUUGAGAUGUCUGAAAAGCCUUAUAUUCUUGAAGCAGCUUUAAUUGCUCUGGGUAACAAUGCUGCUUAUGCAUUUAACAGAGAUAUUAUUCGUGAUCUGGGUGGUCUCCCAAUUGUUGCAAAGAUUCUCAAUACUCGGGAUCCUAUUGUCAAGGAAAAGGCUUUAAUUGUUCUAAAUAACCUGAGUGUGAAUGCUGAAAAUCAGCGCAGGCUUAAGAUAUACAUGAAUCAAGUGUGUGAUGACACAAUCACUUCUCGCUUGAACUCAUCUGUGCAGCUGGCUGGACUGAGAUUGCUUACAAAUAUGACUGUUACUAAUGAGUAUCAGCACAUGCUUGCUAAUUCCAUUUCAGACUUUUUCCGCUUAUUUUCAGCUGGAAAUGAAGAAACUAAACUUCAGGUUUUGAAACUCCUUUUGAAUUUGGCUGAAAAUCCAGCUAUGACUAGAGAACUGCUCAGGGCCCAAGUACCAUUGUCACUGGGUUCCCUCUUUAAUAAGAAGGAGAACAAAGAGGUUAUUCUUAAACUUCUGGUUGUUUUUGAGAAUCUAAGUGACAAUUUCAGAUGGGAAGAAAAUGAACCUACUCAGAAUCAAUUUGGUGAAGGUUCUCUCUUUUUCUUUUUAAAAGAAUUUCAAGUGUGUGCUGAUAAGGUUCUGGGAAUAGAAAGUCACCACGAUUUUUUGGUGAAAGUAAAAGUUGGAAAAUUCAUGGCCAAACUGGCUGAGAAUAUGUUCCCAAAGAUCCAGGAGUAACUUCUUGACUUCAUAGUUUAGAUGCAACAUACAUUGUAAACUAUUUCUUUUCUCAAACUUGUUUAUAUGUUGGAGGAAUCUUUUCAGCUGCCAAUUUUGAGUAAUGCGUGUCAUAUUGUACCGUUAAUGCUGAUAUUUAACUAGGUUGGUUUUUGGGUGUAAGCUGGAUGAAUAUCAUUACUUGCUGUGAAAAUGUUUGUUGCUUUUUGUCUUGCUGCCUAGAUUGAAAUAUUCUUACUAUUUCCUCUGCAUAAGUGACAGUGAAAAAUUAGUCCUAAGUAACCUCUCUUCUGUCAUUUGCAUUGAUUUCAUUUGUGUAUCACCAAUAAAGUUGAGUGUUAAUGCUGGAAAGAAAAAAAAAGAAAGAAGAAAGAGAUCAUCCUUGUCCUUUGGUUUAUAAUCUAAUUGGAGAGAUAAGGAACAUGCAAACCAAAAGAUAACUGACAAUAUUUUUGGAGCAUACACUCUUUGUCAGAUGUGUGCUCUCAGAGCACAGAGGAGGCACAGGCCUCUGUAGGAUAGGAGAGUUAACUAAACUUUCAUGGAGAAAGCAGCCAUUGAAAGUGAGCCCUGAAUGGAGUAGGGUAGGUUAAGGCAUUCCAUGAGAAGGAGGAAUAGUGUAAGAAAGCUAUUGAGGUAUGAACCUUCUUCCUAUGAUGGACGAACAGUCUUCCUAGAGUGGAGAGUGUGUGGAAUAGGAGUAAAUAAAUUUAGAAAGCUGGGUGAAGCCAGUUGUGGAAAGAUAUUUGAAUACUAUCUUAUUGAAUACUCAGAUACACCAAAUAUUUUUGACUAAAAAAUGAAUGGGCUCUUUAGAAAUGUCCUGCUUGCCCUCCUGCUACACAGUGUCAGGUGAUGGAGAAACCGACCCUCUGAAACCCUGGUGGUAGGAUUUGGUCAUACAUAAACCUUGUGUCCUAAGAGAGUAAUUGAGUAAUUGGUCAAAGUUUGUAUGUACAAAGCUAUUUGCCUCAGCACUAAGGUACCAAAAAUUGAAAAAUAAAGUGUCUAUCAUACCGUAUUGGUUAAAUAAAGGAAAGUUCACACAGUAGGAUAUGAUAAAUAUGCUGAUGGAAAUCUACUUUGCUAGGAAAGUAUAUUCAUCAUGCAUUAGAUGGAAAAGGUAAGUUAGAUAUAGCAGUGUUUGUAGUUUGAUUUCACUUUGAGGGAUAGGAAAUCAUGUUUAUAAAGACUAAAAACUGGAGGUACAUACAAAGAAACAAUAGCUAUCUUUGGGUGGAAGGAUAAUUAGUGAACUUUACUUACUUGGUUUUUAUUCAUCUGUGUUCUUAUUUAUCUAAAAUGAAUGUUGAAUUUUAGGAAAUUUUUGAUAAAAGUAUUGGGAACAAAGGAGGUAAUUGAUUCAAAAUGAUACUGAA